AUGUCAGAGCUACAUAGAUUACUUCCACGAGAGGGUCUUUACAUGGACCCCGAUAGUGACACUCACCGAAAAUCUAUCCGGCAUCCUAUACCAAAUCUGAUUCUUCUUGGGCUCUUCCAGCUCAAUUCCUCACUCCGUUCAGUCAACUUCCUGAAAAUCACGACCUAUACCACUAUCCUGAGCGUGACUCUCUGGCUUAACGACUUACUGAGUAAGGGCAGUAGAAACAACUGGACAACCGAUCCCACAUGGGACUGGAAAAGGGAGAUUGUUGUCGUAACCGGCGGAAGCGGCGGCAUCGGAGGGAGUAUUAUUCAAAAGCUAGCGAGGGACGGGUGGCGAGUCGUCGUGCUCGAUAUCAUGCCAUUGAAAUAUCAUGUUGGUAAGAUAGUCCAUUCCACCUUGCUUCUGCCAGCUGAGACUUGGUGGGAUGGCCUCAACGUUGUGAAUCAUGUCUUGCUCACCGGGGGCGAGGAAGAGAUAUUCCGGGAUCACAUCGGACAGUUUGUCGAUGUGCUCAAGAGAAGGACAUCUGUAGAACUACAAACAGGAGCCGGAAUGGCAGGGAUUAAGGCUGCUCAAACCUUGUCCAAUGCAUCGAUCCAUGAUUUUGUUAUUCUAGAAUACCGUGACACGAUUGGAGGCCGGGCUUGGCACACGGAUUUUGGCAAGGACGAAAAUGGAAAUCCUUAUGUCGUGGAGCUGGGUGCCAACUGGAUCCAAGGCAUUGGAACCGCGGAUGGGCCACAGAACCCUAUUUGGACCCUAGCCAAAGAGUUCAACCUCAAGAAUACAUUUUCCGACUAUGACAACGUCUCCACUUACAACGAGCACGGAUAUUCGGACUACUCGCAUCUCUUCGAUGCUUAUGAUGCCGCCGACGGGAUUGCCAACGCUGCAGCUGGCACGAUUCUACUUGAGAAUCUACUGGACCAGACAGCUCAGACAGGUCUCGCUUUGGCCGGCUGGAAGCCCAAAAAGACCGACAUGGAGGCGCAGGCUGUUGAGUGGUGGAGCUGGGACUUCGAGGACGCUUAUUCGCCACUCGAGAGCUCUCUGGUAUUUGGCUACGCUGGGAGUAACAUGACCUGGAAUGGUUUCAGCGACGAGGACAACUUCGUAUGGGAUCAGCGCGGAUACAACGCCAUUAUCAAGGGCAUGGCAUCGAAAUUCCUGAAGGCCAAUGACCCGCGACUCCGUUUGAACACACAAGUCACCAACAUCACUUAUUCCGACGAAGGCGUGACGGUGUACAACAGCGAUGGUACUUGUGUCCAAGCCCAAUAUGCUCUAUGUACAUUUUCUUUGGGUGUGCUGCAAAAUGACGCCGUCACCUUCACGCCGGAACUGCCAUACUGGAAGCAGACGGCCAUUGAAAAGUUUACCAUGGGCACUUACACCAAGAUCUUCCUCCAAUUCAACGAAACCUUCUGGCCCUCAAACACACAGUACUUCUUGUACGCGGACCCUAAGCUUCGUGGAUGGUAUCCUAUCUGGCAAUCACUCUCGACGCCGGGUUUUCUGCCCGGAUCCAAUAUUCUCUUCGUUACCGUGACCAACCAGUUCUCCUAUCACGUUGAGAACCAGUCAGACGAGGAGACCAAAGCAGAGGUAAUGGCGGUUCUACGCAAGAUGUUUCCGGACAAGGACAUUCCGGAGCCUACUGCGUUCAUGUAUCCUCGCUGGAGUACCGAGCCAUGGUCAUAUGGAAGCUACUCGAACUGGCCUGCAAGCACCAGCCUGGAGGAACACCAGAAUCUCCGCGCCAACACCGGCAGAGUGUGGUUUGCAGGAGAACACACGUCACCAAGCUACUUCGGGUUCUUGCAUGGAGCCUACUUUGAAGGCCUGGAUGCCGGAAGACAGAUCGCGGCACUCUUGCAAGGCCGCUGUGUCUACUACAACUCGACGAUGGAAAGGCUGUGCGGACCUCGCAGGCAUUACGAGACGCUGCACGGAACCACUCCUCUGGCUGAUUAUAGUGCGGUCAACGGCUGGACCGCCAACAGUUUCUACGAUUAUAAUGACGAUUAG